AUGGGAGUUCAACAAAAGCUCAUUGCUUUCCUCUUUCAAGCAAGUAUUGUUUUUAUCAUGUUUCUCCUUGUUAGUGCAUCCCAAGAGCACAGGAAAGCUAAAAGCAGUCAUUCAAGCAAAAAAGGCAAUAACAUCAAGAUGAAUCCACGACUUCAGUUUGAAAUCACAUUACAUGGGUUUCUCUUGUGGGGUUCAAUGGCGUUCUUGAUGCCUGUUGGUAUACUAGUCAUUAGACUUUCCAACAGAGAGGGGAAUCGAAGAAGGCUCAGAAUUAUAUUCUAUAAGCUUGCAGUACUUGUUGCCACUGCAGGAGCAAUCAUGUCCAUAAAAAAUUUCAACAACUCCUUCAACAAUAAUCAUCAAAGAUUAGGGGUAGCAUUAUAUGGUAUUAUCUGGCUGCAAGUCCUAGUCGGCAUUUUUCGACCACAAAGAGGAUCAAAAACAAGAAGUCUGUGGUUCUUUGCACACUGGAUAAUGGGAACUGCAGUGUCAUUACUGGGUGUCCUGAAUGUAUAUAUUGGUUUACAAGCCUAUCACGAAAAAACAUCAAAAAGCAUAAGAACUUGGAACAUAAUUUUCACUGUUCAGAUAUCCUUGAUUGUGAUCUUCUAUCUUUUUCAAGAAAAAUGGGUCUACAUACAAAGCCAAGGAGUGAUUUUGGCCAACGAAGUGUUGACUCCCACUUGUCCAGAAAUUCAUUCACAACACAAGGAUGCAGACAUGAAGGCCUAGUUUUGUCAAGAAAGAUGAAUCAAUGCCUUGCCAUUCUUGACCCUCACUUCUAAAAAGGAUAUAAGUAUUAAAAGUACCUAUGAGUGUGAAUUUCUUUCCAUGAGAUAAAAUGUUUCUUAGUUUCUUUUUUCAGAGAAGGCAGAGUCAUUGGAAAGAUUGUAAUUUCCUCCAUGAGAAAUUUUUUGUU